UCAGAAAAGAAAAAAGGAACGCAUGUUGGGCUCCCAGAAAAGAAAGAAGAAAAAACAAUCAGGUUGGUAGGAAUUUCUGAAUAAUAAAUAAACUAGUGGAUGCCUCGUUACCAUCCAUAUAUGCCAAAUACAUGGGGUAUACAGAAGAGUCACUGAGCUCAGGGCAGAGGAGUUAGCAUCUCAAGAGCCAAGAGAUGGAAUCUCUCCCCGUCCCGAGUGUGCAGGCGAUGGUGGCUGCCACUGGUGGAGCCGAUGUGCCGCCAAGGUAUCUCCGGCCAGAGGCGGCAGCCGAUGCAGUCGCCGGCGACGGCGAGGAUCAGAUCCCCAUCAUCGAUUACCAGAGGUUGCUGCUUGACCCUGGCGAGGAGUCUGCACUCCUCCACAGAGCCUGCCAGGAUUGGGGCUUCUUCCAGCUAAUUAACCACAAUGUUCCAGACGAUGUGGUGGAAGGUUUGAAGGCCAACAUUCAAGGCUUCUUUCAGUUACCCGCGGAGAGGAAGAAACAGUUUGCUCAGGAGAGAGGGCAGUUGGAAGGCUAUGGUCAAUUAUUCGUUGUCUCGGAGGAUCAAAAGCUUGACUGGGCUGACAUUCUUUACCUGAACACACAGCCACCUGAGGACAGAAACAUGAGGUUCUGGCCUGACCAACCUGCUAAUUUCAGAUCAACUCUGGAUAAGUUUUCUACUGCUGCUAAGGAUAUAGCAGAUUUCCUUUUGGCAACCAUGGCGAAGAAUUUGGGAUUGGAACCAGAAGUGCUUGCUGACAAAUGCAUCGGUGGAAUACAGUCAGUCAGGAUGAACUACUAUCCCCCAUGUGCUCAAGCAGACAAGGUUGUUGGCUUCUCUCCACACUCGGAUGCCGAUCUUCUGACUCUUGUCCUGCAAGUAAAUCAUGUUCAAGGCCUGCAGAUUAAGAGGAAUGGCAGCUGGUUCCCUGUGAAGCCUGUAGAGGGCGCUUUCAUAGUCAACAUUGGAGACAUCUUUGAGAUCUUCACAAACGGAAGGUACAGGAGCAUCGAGCACAGGGCUGUUGUCGACACAGAAAAAGAACGACUGUCGGUUGCGGCUUUCCACUCUCCAAACAUCCACGGCAUGAUAGGCCCUCUGAAAGAGAUUGUGGUGUGUGAAGACGAGGCUUAUCAGACGCUAGAUCAUGAGAACUUCAUGAAGCUUUUCUUCACCUCGAAACUGGAGGGGAAGAGCUUCUUAGAGCGGAUGAAGCUGAAUUUUGACAUAGAGUAGCAAUUACCAGGUGAGCUAUGUAGCUAUUGUUGGUGGGUGUAGUUUAGUGUGAUGUUGGCUCCAAGGAAUGCAGGCAUCACUAGUUUAGCACCUUUACAUCUUUCCGUCGGACAUUCAGACAGUAGUGGACAUAUCUGUGACGUGUUUUCCUUUUUGUCAAUUAGACGACAGACAGGACAGGCCCAUGUGUUAAUC